UCUCUCUCUCUCUUGUGUUUCUCUAUCGCACUCAAUAUAUAUACACGAACCUUCCUCGUUAUUUCCUCCCAAGAACAUCUCAAACAUUUCAAUAUAUAUUUUGACCAACAAACACUCAUAUAAUCAUAUAUAUAUAUAUAUAUAUCCUCAUAAACCCUAAACCCUAUCUUGUUUUAACAACUCUCUUGUUCCAAACUCAAGAGAAAAAAGAGGUUAGUUACAUCAGCAAUGGCUAAAGUCGGGAAGCUGACAAAGCUCAAGUCGGCCAUAAAGAAAUGGCCUUCCUUCACCAAGAACCACCACCACUCGUCCUCCUCUGCCGCCGUCUCCGAUGAGCUCUCAGAAGACAACAAUCUCCAUGUUGUUUAUGUUGGUCAGACUCGAAGACCUUACAUGCUUAGACCGGACAUCAUCUCUCACCCACUUUUUCAAGAACUAGUGGACAGGUCUUCUAGAUCCGUGGAACAUGAUCGUGAGAUUGUUGUUGCUUGUGAAGUUGUUUUGUUCGAACACUUGUUGUGGAUGCUCAAGACUGGUCAAGAAGGAGGAUCCGUUGAAGAAUUGGCUGAGUUCUAUACUUAUUGA